AUGGCUGCUAAUCCAAAUUCUUCAUCCUCUUCCACUGCAUUUCAUCUUCCAGCUCAAUAUAAGGACCAAACGGUACUUGGCUGGAUUGUUUCUUCCUUGUCUCCGGCGGUGGUUUCCACUAUUUAUGGCCUUGAGACUUCUCGGCUUGCUUGGCAAGCUCUUGGCACACGUUUUGCGGCGCCCUCAACCUCUCGUAUUUCUCUUAUCAAGAGAAAGUUACAAUCUUUACAGCAAGGCUCUAUGUCUUGCCAAAGUUUCUUCGAUGAAGUUAAGUCUCUUGCUGAUGAAUUAGCUGCUGUUGGGAAACCCAUUGAUGAUUCAGAUUUAAUUCUAUCUAUUCUCAAUGGCCUCAACUCUUCCUUUCAUUCUUUUGUCACAACGUUUAUGCUCCUUGCUGAGGAGAAAUCUAUGCCAUUUUCGGAUUUUCAUGCAGAGUUGCUGAAUUAUGAUCUAAUGCAAAAAUUUCAUAAUCAAUCUAUUCAGCCCGAAGCAGGCUCAUUUGCUCUCUACUCCCACAAACCUGGGUCUAAGCCAGGAUCUCACAACAACAACAAUAAGUCUCGCUUCACAGGAGCAUUUAAAGGCUCGGGGACCAACUCUUCACCAUUUCGGCAACCCCUACCUCACUUGCUGUCCCCUUCUUCAGGUCCACCUGGAUUCUCGCUCUCGAUCUCCAUGUCAAAUCUGCAAACGAGAGGGACAUCAGGCACUGGAUUGCUUUAA